GAUGUUGCAUUAUAUUCACACUUUAAGAACUCAUCUCCUGCCGAACUGAAGUAAUUUGCAAAUUUGCAAAAAAAUGUGGUCCGAUUUUGCGACCAACGUCUUCCACGUCCUCCUUCGCGUUGGUCUUCACCAAUAUCAGCCCAAUAAUGGUCAGUUGGGGCAAUAUUACUCGACGGGAAAUGUGCACUACACGCCAGUAAUUGUCCCACCCGAACUGGUCAGGAAGUUGCCACCAACACUGCAACCCAGAAAUUAUGACACGGAAACAUUUUAUACCCACGUCCGAGGUUCUGCCUUGCGUCAAGGAUCCUCCGGUCUUCCUCUGGAUUCCUUAAUUCCCUUCGGUCUGGACAAGGGUGACGCCAUCCUGGCCAAAGCGGACGACGCUUUUGCCCCCAUCACCCUUACGAACGGGGACCCCUUCAUCUUCUCUAACGCGACGCACUCCUCCCUCUUCAUUAAUACGAAUGGAGGCAUCUCUUUUACGAAAGGUAUCGCAUCCUUCAUCCCAUCCUGUGGCCCGGCCCCAGCCCCGAUGAUCACGCCGUAUUGGGCCGAUGUGGAUACCCGUUUAGGCGGAAAUAUCACUUACCGCCAGGCCACGGAUUCCGCCACGCUCGGAAAGAUUGAUGCCUUCCUGCAAAAAGGGUUCCCCGGGCAGACGACGGGGCUCAAGUGGGCCUUCAUCAUGACCAUGGCGGACCUGCCGUUCUGCAAUGCCAAGGCGCACACGGAUUCCUGCCCGGGACUUGCCCUGCGAAACACGUUCCAAACCGUGCUGGCUCGCGGGAAGGAGGAAUCUUACGUGAUCUUCUUGUACAACAAGAUCCAGUGGACGGCAGCCCCCACGUACACCUACAACGACGGAGGAGACCCUUGCACGGGACUCGGCGGGAAGCAUCCUCCCGUCGCCGGAUUUGACGCGGCGGACGGUUUCACCCGCUUCCAACUGCCCAACUCUUGCUCCGAUAAGUUAUUAAACAUCGCCUCCACGACCAACAUUAAUCUUCCUGGCGCCUGGGUUUUCCGCGUCACUUCCGGCCCAGUGACGCCCUGUGACGUCCGAUGUCUGCAUAACGGUGACCUCCUGGCCGAUCCCUACGACUGCACUUCGUACUACCAGUGCUCCAACGGGACCCCGAUCAAGCACGUCUGCCCCUUCUACAAACCCGGAGAAAGGCUCGUUUUCAACCCUUUCAAGCAGGUUUGCGUCUGGAAAGACAAAUACGCCUGCGAACCAAUCUGCACCAAAAAUUGAGAUGCGAUUCCACUUUAUGAAAUUAUUGUUCAGAUAAAUAAUUUAGAAUUUUGGCAGCUUAAUUAUUAAAGAUAUGUCGAAUGAAAAAUGUAAUUGUAUGACAAAAUUAUUGUUUGGUGUGUAAAAUAAAUUUGUAUUUUGAUUGGGCUCAAAACAUUAUUGGUUAAAAUUUUGGAAUAAAAUUGGUUGUUUCAUUGGGCAU